GUUCGAUUUUCCACAGCACUGCCCACCACGAUCACGAUUCACGAUAACCCUGUCAGUCACAGCAAUUGCGAGCGCUGCAAUUGGUUGUCAGGACACUACCCAAGUCUUCAAAUACCGGCCACCCACCAUGACUCUCGACGCGCAAACACGCGCGAGACCUGCCCUGUCACAUCGAGCAGAAGAAAACCGAACUAUGCACCACGAAGCAGAUGUCGUCGUUGUUGGCGCUGGAAUUUUUGGAUGCGCAAUUGCAUGGGCCCUCGGGAAUCAGGGAAGGAGCGUCAUAUUAUUGGAGAAGUCAUUGAAAGAGCCCGAUCGCAUUGUAGGAGAAUUGCUACAGCCAGGAGGUGUGACGGCAUUGGAGAAGCUGGGGCUAAGAGACUGCUUGGAGGGAAUUGAUGCAAUCAAAGUCUAUGGCUACGACGUGAUAUAUUAUGGCGAGGAGGUGCGGAUACCAUAUCCAGAGAACGCGACAGAUACUGUUCAGGAGAUCAACGAGAAACAGAGCCACAGUGACGAGUUUCGAGGGACUAAGAGGAAACGACCUGAAGGCCGCUCCUUCCAUCAUGGUCGAUUUAUUCAGAGGUUACGGCAGAAAGCCAUGUCCAAUCCAAAUGUGACCACAAUCGAAGCGACAGCGACAGAAUUGGUGCGAUGCGGAUCCACGGGACACGUUCUUGGUGUAGAGGCUACCCGAAACGGCGAACAGGAGUCAUACUUUGGCAACGUCACCAUCGUUGCAGACGGAUAUGCCAGCAAGUUCAGGAAAGAGUCGCGGACCGACACACCUGUGGUCAAAUCAAAAUUCUGGGGCCUGGAAUUAAUCGAUGCAGAUUUGCCUAUGCCCAACCACGGCCACGUCCUACUAGGCGAAGGAUCACCAGUACUAUUAUACCAGAUCGGCACCCACGAAACUCGUGCACUGGUCGAUAUUCCAGAAAACACUCGCACCGCAAGCGUAAAAGCAGGUGGUGUCAAAGGCCACCUCAAAAACGUCGUCCUCCCAUCCCUCCCAAAACAAGUCCAACCCUCCUUCCAAGCAGCAAUCGACCGAGACCGUCUCCGCUCAAUGCCCAACUCCUGGCUCCCACCCACCACCAACAAAACCCCAGGCCUGAUCCUCCUCGGCGACGCCAUGAACAUGCGCCAUCCCCUAACCGGCGGCGGCAUGACAGUAGCCUUCAACGACGCAGUCCUCCUCUCCGAACUCCUCUCCCCAGAAAUCGUCCCCGACCUAGACGAUACAAAACUCGUCCUCCACCAAAUGCGCACAUUCCACUGGCGCCGCAAAGGUUUGACUUCGGUCAUCAAUAUUUUAGCACAAGCUCUCUAUUCCCUUUUCGCUGCGGACGACUACCAACUCAAAGCUUUACAGCUGGGAUGUUUCCGAUACUUCAAACUCGGCGGGAACUGUAUUGAUGGACCGGUGGGAUUGUUGGCGGGAAUCAUUCGGCAGCCUUUUGUGCUUUUUUAUCAUUUUUUCUCGGUCGCGCUGUAUGCGAUUUGGAUCUAUAUUACCGGGGCGAGUUUUUUUGGGAUGCCGGUGAGAGUGAUUACAUCCAUUGGCGUGUUUUGGAAGGCUUGUGUUGUUAUUUUUCCGUACAUUUUUUCGGAGUUGAGGGGUUAGAGGGAAAGGGAAAGGAGAUGCAGUAUAAGAUAGCUUUUCGUAGAGAUUAGCGAAUUAAUUGUAAUGAU